GCGGCUCCGUGACGGAACCGGCUAGCGAGCGCAGCUAUGGCUGCUGGCGUGCCCUGUGCGCUGCUCACCAGCUGCUCCUCCACCUUCACCGCAGACCGGCUGGUCCAGCAUAUCCUUGGAACAGAAGAUCUUAUAGUGGAAGCGACUUCAAAUGAUGCUGUGAGAUUUUAUCCCUGGACCAUUGAUAAUAAAUACUAUUCAGCGGAUAUUAAUCUAUGUGUGGUGCCUAACAAAUUUCUCGUCACUGCAGAGAUUGCAGAGUCUGUCCAAGCAUUUGUGGUUUACUUUGACAGCACACAAAAAUCUGGUCUAGAUAGUGUCUCCUCAUGGCUUCCACUGGCAGAAGCAUGGUUACCUGAGGUGAUGAUCUUGGUCUGUGAUAGAGUGUCUGAAAAUGGUGUAAACCGACAAGAAGCUCAGGAAUGGUGCAUCAAACAUGGCUUUGAAUUGGUAGAACUUAGUCCAGAGGAGUUGCCUGAGGAGGAUGAUGACUUCCCAGAAUCUACAGGAGUAAAGCGAAUUGUACAAGCCUUGAAUGCCAAUGUCUGGUCCAAUGUAGUGAUGAAGAAUGAUAGGAACCAAGGCUUUAGUCUGCUCAACUCAUUGGCUGGAACAACCCAUAGCAUUGGGUCAUCAGAGACCUGUCACUCAGAGCAGCCCCAUUUGCCAGCAGCAGAUAGGACUGAAUCUGUCUCAGAUCAUCGGGGUGGUGCAUCUAACACAACAGAUGCCCAGGUUGAUAGCAUUGUGGAUCCCGUGUUAGAUCUGGAUAUUCAAGAAUUAGCCAGUCUCACUACUGGAGGAGGAGAUCUGGAGAAUUUUGAAAGACUAUUUUCAAAGUUAAAAGAAAUGAAAGACAAGGCUGCGACGCUUCCUCACGAGCAAAGGAAGUUGCAUGCAGAAAAGGUGGCCAAAGCAUUCUGGAUGGCAAUUGGGGGAGACAGAGAUGAAAUUGAAGGUCUUUCAUCUGAUGAAGAACACUAAAUUGUUCAUCCUAGGUUUUGACUAACAAAGAUGCUAGUUCUCUCAUCCUGAGAUAUUUCCCUACUCAACCCAGUUAUAUUUUGCUGAAAUCCCAUUAUCAUGUUGGCUGCCUAACUUAUUGAUAGGGUCCCCUUAAUUUUAGUUUUUAGUGGGUAAGGAGAAGUCUUUUUUCUCUCAGUAUAUUGUGAGGGUGUGAGGAGUGCUAGUAAUGAGUGAGAAUUUGGAUUUUCUCUGUUCAGGGAGCUUGUGGCUCUGAGCCAUGAUGCUUGUUUUGGGAAGAAAGAAGGCUGCUGCAGAUUUGGUUUGUGCUAUAGUAUAGGUGGGGCCAAAGCCAGUGGCCCACAGGUUAGUCUCCAACUAAAAAAAUGCUUCUGGGCAUUUCUUUUGAAGUUCACUGCUAGAAAGAA